ACAACAGCGUGGCAGUGAUUAAAUGCUUCCUGCCAAAUCUCAAAUCACCAUUUUUGUCGACACCGAAUUCUAAAAGACUCGAUUUGGGUAUACUUUUCGCUCGGUAGUUGAUAUAAACAUGUUGUGAUUUGCGCAAUAUUUUAGUUCGUGUUCGAGAAUGGGGUCUUUAACUCGUUCAGCAGUUUUCGUAGUUCUUUCCUUCGUCUUAAGUUCUUGCUACGGUAUACUGAUACCAAAACAUUAUGACCUACAUUUGGUCGUCGAUCCGUUCAACAAAACGCUCAGUGGCUCGGUUAAAAUUAAAAUUCAUGCGGAAAAUAAAACCGAUAUCGUCCAGUUAUCGGCGGAUCCCUCGAUUGUUGUGAAAAAUGUUACCAUUUUACCAGAAAACGCAACUGGUGGUGUUGGGUCCUUUAUUGUGACAAAAAUUGAGAAAAUCAAACCGGACGGUUUGAAUAUUCACGUUAAUCAGAAAUUAACGAAAAACCGAACGUUUAUAAUUCUCGUCAGAUUUGAAGCCAUUAAACCUCAAAAUACGUCAGCGAAUUCUUCUAUUUACGCGUUUAAUGUGACCAGUCGUAAUCACGAUCAGGCCAAAACUAAUAAGACAACGUCAUUCUUCGUCAUCGAUUUGACAAAAAAUUCAUCAAAGGCUGUUUUCCCGUGCAUUUUCGAUUCGUUACUAAGUCCGCACAAAGCUACCUUUAAUUUAACCAUCGCUCGUCCAAAAUCUUACAAAUUGGUAACGAUUUCACGUUCCAAUAUCUCGCACAUCCAAAGCACUCAAAGAUCGGAUUAUUACGAAGAUACGUAUUGGCAAACUAUUCCCAUCUCCGUUCGAUCAUUCGCAUUGAUCGCCUCAAAUGAUAGCGAAAUUUAUCAAGUUGGUCGACAAGAGAAUGGAACAUGUUCGAGUAAACCAGUGCCCUAUGGUUUGAAUCGUGAUAUGCUAGUCUGUAUGAUGGAUUACCUAUCAGCAUUUUACGGUACACUGAUGCCUGGAAAUGGUAUGACAAUUAUUGUUAUUCCCAGAUCAGCCAAUAUCUCCAUCGAAGCUUUCAGUUUAGUCACUGUGAGCCAAUGCAACCCAAACGCCUCUAGUGUUCAUUAUACUCUGGAACAUCUAGUUUACAUUCUCAGCUCGCAAUGGAUAACUUAUCGAGUUCACAGCAUCAAUCCGAAUGCAUCUGCGAUGAUCCAAUCUUUGAAAUCUUUCGCUAUGUAUGAUAUUACCCCAAAACUCAUUCAAAAAUCGAACGCUUCUAAAUUUAACGAUUUCUACGACAUGAUGACCAGUAAUGCCUAUCAUUCAUUGAUCAGGAAAGAAUGGAACAGAAAUCAAAACAUUUCCGGAUGUUAUUUUGUUUUCAGAGAUGUCUUAGUUUUCAAUAUGCUGAAGGCCAUUCUUGGACCAAAACUCUUCUCUGAAGGCUUAGGUGAUUUAUUAUCAAAGAGCAAUCAUAAUCCAAUAAAAGAUGACGACAUUUGGAGACAUCUUACUCACAUAGCCAUGAAAUACGAAGCUCUUGAUGUACCAGAUUUUCCUCAAUCGGUCGAGGAAAUCGUGAAACCUUUCAUCAACAAUUCUCUGUUUUCCAUACCUUUAUUAGAAUUCGAUUUCGACUUCUACGGAUCGUUUGGUGGUUUCAUUCGUCAGAUACCCUAUGCGUACACCUCAACAUUCUUCGAUAGCAAACUUUAUGCCAAUGUGACCGGUUCACCUUUGUGGAAAGUGCCAAUUCAGCUGAUAUUGGAAAACGAAAACUUCACGAGUCAACAAAAAUCGUUUGUUUGGGCCAAAACACGAAAUCGUGCCAUUGCAUUGACCAAUUUCAGCCAAAAGGAAAUUUUAUUGCUCAAUUCAGAAAUACGAGGUCCUUACAUCGUGAAAUAUCGUAAAAGUAACUGGGACAUGGUUUUCGAGAAAUUCGAAUCACUUCCAUUGAAAUACAGAACGUUGCUGCUAAUCGACUUACACGUAUUGGCUCAUUCCUACCAUUAUAAUUACACCGAGUACAUCAAAUACCUACCAAAACUAAAACCAACCGAGAAAAACCUACCAGUGUGGAAGACAUUCGUGAAUUUGAUUGGAGAUAUCGAAACUCGUCUCUUUGGAAACGCCAAAAAAUUAGUCACGAAAAUGUUUGUCAAACAAUUGACCGCCGUGUACGAAAAAUUCUUAAACAAAACGCAAACCGAUUUUUGGAUGAAUGAUUUACGCGAAUCGGUACAAAAGUACUUAUGCAACAAUGGCGCUGCAGUUUGUAAUCGGACAGCGGAUUAUAAACUUUUAUUGAAUAAUAUCACCAAACCUGAUAUAUCGUUGAAACUUGGAUCGUGCGGUGCCAUGUUGAAUGCUACUUACGAUCAAUGGUACCAAGUGACUAAAAAAGUUUACGCAGCUUACAAAAAUUUCUCAAAUUGCGAUCGUAACUACGUGAUGAAAAUUUUAGCCGGAUGUACCAAAAAUAAACAAGCAUUAAAUACGUUCCUAAAAAUAGUGUUCCAAAAUCAUGAAAAUAGUACUUUAUCUUUGCAAAAUACUCCUAGGACUCCUGAAAGCUUAGAUAGCUUAUUAUAUUUUGUAAAGAAAACGGAUGAAGGAUCAGCAGCUUUAUUUGAGUUCUUCGCCGCCAAUUUCGAAGAUAUAAAGAAAAAAUACCCAACUCAUUUCAAAACCAUCCUCUCAGCAUCUAUCAAGAAUUUGAAAUGUCCAGAAAUGAGCAAAAAAGUCAUCGAAUUCCUAAAAGCAAAUUCCGCCAAAUUAGAUCAAGAUAAGAACUUUGUUCAAGAAAACGUGCAAAGAUUGCAAGAACAGCAAACGUGGGCCAGGGGUACUCAAACUGAAAUCGAAAAAUUCCUAAACGAAGUAUUCAAAACACCUGAGAAAUACUUCGGGUAUUAGAAGAUAAGAUACUCAUUAAAAUAACUAUCCUACCUGCUUAUUACCUUACCUACCUACCUUUUUUCUACUUCAUACUGUUUAAGAACGACGUUUAGGUUAGGUUUCUAUACCCGUGUAUUAAAAUAAAUUUUUUAUUUAUUUCA